AUGGAAUUUUAUAAUAAAAUUAUCGCGAAACGACGACAAAAGACUGAAUCAAUUAUAAAAAAUGGUGAUCAAAUGAUAUGUGAUAAAAAAACAGAAUGCAAUAAAUUUUCACGAAGAAAUUCAUUCCGUUCAGCAAAAAUAAGUAAAGAAUCACCUGAUUAUUCAUAUCUUAAUAUGUUCGGAAGUGUGAACUUACCUUAA